AUGGGGCUUGUAGCGCUGCUGCUCGUGGCGAUGGCGAUGACCGUGCUGGCUGUGUGCCCCGCGAGGGUGCAGAAGCCGGCACCUGCCUUCACUGCUGACGCUGUUGUGGGCAGCGACUUCAAGUCCAUCUCCCUUUCUGAUUUCGUUGGCAAGUACGUGGUGCUCUUCUUCUACCCCCUCGACUUCACCUUCGUCUGCCCCACCGAGCUGACGGCGAUGAGCGACCGCGUGGAGGAGUUCAAGAAGCUCAACGCCGAGGUCGUCGCUGUGUCCGUUGACUCCAAGUUCUCCCACUUGGCGUGGACUAAGCUGCCCAGGUCGGAGGGCGGACUGGGCGAAAUGCACAUCCCCCUCGUCGCCGACAUCACCAAGCAAAUCUCGCGCGACUACGGCGUCCUGCUCGAGGAUGGACCGGACCAGGGCGUGGCCCUGCGCGGCAUGUUUAUCAUCGACACCACGGGCGUGAUCAGGCACAUCACCAUCAACGACUUGCCAGUGGGUCGUAAUGUGGAUGAAACGCUGCGUUUGGUCAAGGCCUUCCAGCACACCGACAAGCACGGCGAGGUGUGCCCCAUCAACUGGCAGCCCGGCCAGAAGACCAUGAAGGCGUCACCGGAGGAGUCCAAGGAGUACUUCAAGGAUAUCCAGCUGUGA